AUGAGAGGCUGGAAUCAUACAGGUGUGAAGGAAUUCCUCCUGGUAGGGUUAACUGAAAAUCCUAAUGUGCAGAUCCCACUCUUUUUGCUUUUCACUCUGAUUUAUUUCAUCACUUUGUUGGGUAAUUUGGGCAUAAUUAUUUUAAUAUGGUUAAAUGCCCAACUUCAUACUCUAAUGUACUUCUUCCUUGGCAACUUCUCCUUUUGUGAUAUCUGCUGCUCUACUGUCUUUGCUCCUAAGAUGCUAGUCAAUUUCCUGACAAAACAUAAGUCCAGUACAUUUUCUGGCUGUGUUCUACAAAGUUUCUCUUUUGCAGUAUAUGUAACCACAGAGGGCAUUCUCCUGUCCAUGAUGGCUUAUGACCGUUAUGUGGCCAUAGCUAAUCCUUUGUUGUAUACAGUCAUUAUGACCCAAAGAGUUUGUAUUCAGAUGGUCCUUGCUCCUUACUUAGGUGGACUCAUUAAUUCCCUGACACACACAAUAGGUUUGCACAAAUUAGACUUCUGUGGUCCUAAUAUUGUAGAUCAUUAUUUCUGUGACGUUCCUCCUCUUCUGAGGCUUUCUUGCUCUGAUGCUCAUAUCAAUGAAAUGCUGUUCUUGGUCUUCUCUGGGCUCAUUGCAAUGUUCACUUUCAUUGUCAUUAUGGUGUCUUAUAUCCGCAUCAUCAUUGCCAUCCAGAGAAUCCAUGCAGCUGAGGGAAGGUACAAAGCCUUCUCCUAA